AUGGCGGCCUCCACAAAGUUUGUGUUUGGGAAUGCAAGAGAUGUCUUUUGUAAGAAACUUAAUUCUUGGCAAGACAGUUAUGAUUGGAAAGAAAUAUUUCAGUCAGUUGCUGGAAAUGACUCAGAGAAGAAACUUGCUGUUGAUCAAGCUCUCCGUGAUGUCAUCAAAGAUGCUGUUGAGAAGACUGAUGAUUGUGAGGUUUACAAAGAAGUAAUUGAACAUUCUAUAGAAUUGGCAAAUGAAGAUGUGUGUUCUGUAAUCAUGCCAUUCGUACUUCUGUCUGAUGUUUUUGAUCUCAUUCCACUGAGCCAGUGUGAAAUUGUCUUCUACUUAGUAGAGGAUAAACUUUCUGUAUGGAAAUUGUCACUUUUUUAUGAUGCUGGGAAAAAUUACCUCCUAAGAAUGUGCAAUGAUUUACUAAGAAGGUUAAGUAAAUCUCAGAAUACAGUGUUCUGUGGUAGAAUUCAGUUGUUCCUGUCCAGAUUGUUUCCCCUCUCAGAAAAAUCAGCCUUGAAUCUCAUGAGUCAGUUUAACCUAGAAAAUGUCACAGUCUACUCAACUAAGUCAGAUGAAAUUAAACUUAAACCUCGUGAAGUUUCUUAUGAUGUUAUGGAAGUUGAAGAAGGAGAAAUGGAGGAUUUAACAGGGUCCACUCCUAUUGAUUACAACUUGUACAGAAGAUUCUGGGCACUUCAAGAAUACUUCAGGAAACCCUCACAGUGUUAUGAAAAAGUCCCAUGGAAAGGAUUUCAACAGAAUGCAGAUGUAGUUCUGAAUGCAUUUGCCAGUGCAAAACUUGAUGACUUAAAAUCUUCAAGAAGGAAGUUAGAUUUGCCUCGCCCAGCAGAUACCAAAGCCUUUUUUGCCAAGUAUUUGACCAGUGAAAAGCUGCUUGAUUUACAACUGAAUGACAGUAACUUCAGAAGAUAUGUGCUUGUUCAGUUCCUCAUCGUAUUUCAGUAUCUAAAUUCUCAGGUCAAAUUCAAGAGUGCUAGUCAGACUCUAACUGAUGAACAGAGUACGUGGGUUAAAACAACUCAAGAUAAAGUUUACCAGCUGAUCAAGGAAACCCCUCCUGAUGGUGAACAAUUCUGUAAAACUGUGCAGCACAUCCUAGGAAGGGAAGAGCACUGGAAUAAGUGGAAAAAUGAAGGAUGUCCCAACUUUGCAAGAAAUAUGGAAGAGGAGACAAAAUUCAAGUCAAGAGCUAAGAGACGUUUUGUUGGGGAUGAUCUUCAAGCUCACGGCGGAAAAAUAAUUAAGAUGGGGAGUGCUGAACUCACUCGAUUGUGGAAUAUAAACCCAGAUAACCUGGAAGCCUGCAAAGCAGAGAAAAGAAUAUUUUUACCUUCUUUGGAGGAGUUUUUCGCUGAUGCAAUGGAACAAGCAAAUCCAGAGAAUCAAUUUGAAGAACAAUACAAAGUUGUGAAUAAUGCUGUAUUCCAGUGGAAGUCAUUACGACUUCUGGCCAGAAGAAGUCCCCAUUUCUUUGGACUGAACAACACGCCAGCCAUGCCACUUCCUCAGUACUUAGAGGUUAUGUUGAACAAGAUCGCACAAGAACUACCGUCCAUGGGAGCCAAUGGGGAAGUAUCCCAAGAAACAGGUCAGGAGGAGAUGAGGACAGAGCUUGGUGAGGAUGAGGCAAUAAAGGAGGCACAAGAGGUCGAAGAGGAAGAGGAACUCAAACGUCAAAAUGAGGAGCAAGGUGUACCAGAAGACAUUCUGUCCAAGGAUCAGAUUGACCUGUUGGCUGAGAAACUGGGGGAGGAUUGGAAGAGACUGGGUAUGGAGCUAAACUUCCCUGAGGAGGACAUGGCUUACUUUGAGAGUGAAAACAGCGAAAAGGUCGCUUGUGCUAAAAAGAUGCUGACAAUUUGGCAGGAAAAUGAGGGAGAAAGAGCAACGACAGGUACCCUGAAGAUUGCAUUAAAGGAGGUGGGACUUCCAGAAGUGGUUGAAGCUGUGUUUGGAUCUACUUGAAUCUUACAUGUGACAGAAACAUAAGUGGGUGGAAUAAACAUAGUGCUCCAGCAUAAAUGCUUCAAAUGUGAAGACAGUAGUGUCCUGUUCCUUCUAACAGUGUAUAAAGAUUACAGUUUUUGUCCUCUUUAAGUGUGAUAUGAUCACACAAGACUGAUUGUUAGUGAACUGGGUAUAUGUACAAAUGAUUUUGUUUAUGUUCAUAAGAUGAAAUAAAGAUCAUGAUGUCA